UGCGGCUGCGUAGCGUAGCCUCGCACCAUCAAUCCCCUGCGUUUGGCCGUAGCGGGGGAAGGGUCCGGAGUGCCUUCGCGGAGAUGGCGUUAAACAGGAAUAAUUCGGAGGAAGGUGGGGUUAUCGUCAAUAACAGUGAGAGUGUUUUGAUGAAUUAUAAUCACAUUGAAAUAACGUUCCAUGAUAUGGAGCAUAUGCCAGAUGCAUUCAAAGGGACCAAGAAGGGGAGUGUCUUCCUGACCCCAUAUCGCGUGAUCUUUGUGUCUAAAGGAAAAGAUCUGAUGCAGUCUUUCAUGAUGCCCUUUUAUUUGAUGAAAGAUUGUGAGAUUAAACAGCCAGUUUUUGGAGCAAAUUACAUCAAGGGUUCAGUGAAGGCAGAAGCAGGAGGUGGUUGGGAAGGAUCGGUAACAUUCAAAAUGACGUUCUCAGCUGGAGGCGCCAUUGAAUUUGGACAGCGUAUGCUUCAAAUGGCAUCUCAAGCUUCAAGAGGCGAGGUCCCCAAUGGAGCUUAUGGUUACUCAUACAUGCCAAAUGGGGGUUAUACCUUUCCACCCCUUGCUACCAAUGGAAUGCACCCUUAUCCUCCUGCGGGGUAUCCUUACCCACCACCUCCUGCAGAGUUCUAUCCUGGUCCCCCAGUAGAUGGAGCCAUGGGAUACAUGCAGCCUCCGCCACCUCCCUAUCCUGGGCCCAUGGAACCGCCUGCCUCAGGCCCAGGCCUUCCCUCUACUCCAGCAGUUGAAGCUAAGGCUGCAGAAGCUGCUGCAAGUGCUUAUUACAGCCCAGGCAACCCACACAAUGUCUACAUGCCCAUGGACCAGCCUCCUCCUCCUCCUUACUAUCCACCAGAGGACAAGAAAACUCAGUAAACCAGCCACCUCUCAUUGCUUCCUUAUUUCCAUUUGGCUAAAUGUUGAUCAGGGAUAUGAUAGUGAUAAGGAGAGUCUGGUUUCCCUCCUGUACAUGUAACUUCCAUAAGCAGCAGUGGUAGAUACGUGUGCCAUCAGGAAAGAUUUUAAAGUUCCUUGGAUUAUCCCCUUCUAUGUGAAUCGUGCUCCAUGCUGAUGAAUAACAAAGGGAAAAAUUUUGUUCUUCCUCUCCUCUUGAUUUUUCUCCUAUCCUGGACAAAGACUUCUUCAAACUGAAAAUCCACUAACAGAUAGUGGAAUGGGAUUGUUGGCACCUUGUUGCAUUGAUCAGCUCUUGCAUGGUGAAACUUUGGAAGAAAACUGACUCUUUGAUCUGUUGAUCAGCUUCAGUGCAUGAACUCUGCCAUAUUGCAAAAGGAAAUGCACUGAUCUCCUGACAAGAACACCCAGUGGCAUGUACUUAGAACACUGGUUCUACUAUGGACCCUGAGAUUUUCUGCCUCUUCUUCCACAGGAUGCAUACAUAGUGGCUUCUAUGCAUCAUUAAUUAAUUUUGAACAUUUCUAUCCAGCCACUUCCACAUCUUGAGUAUUUUGUUCUUUAUAGCAAAACGAUGGCUGUAUCUUUUGGGCCAGUAAAGCACCUGAGCCUGUACGGUGAACUUUGUAGAUGGGUUGUCUGGACUCCUUCCGAAUGUCUGAAGGAAGAAGGUAGCUUACAUCUUUUGACUGUUUAAAGCACUUAUUUAUGUGUUUGUUUUUAUCCCAAGUAUCCUGUAUAGGAGCCUUUUCCCUGUAGCUGCAUGGAGCUCAACAGCCAUCACUUCUCCUUCAGGCAAGCAGCAGAUUGCCUUACAAUGAUCCCCUCUAGCUGUAACGUUAAUGUUAGUGAAUGCCAUACAUAGCAAAACCAUGAGAAGUGGUUGGCCAGUAAACCUGUGCUGUGGUUCCUGUUUUUCCUGCACUGACUUGUGGGGAGGGGAAAAUGGGGAGAAUAUUAAAGAUCCAUCUUGUGUGUUUGUGAGGGCAGUCCUUGGGCACACAUCUGGCUCCCAAAGACCUCAGAAACCUGUCAUGCUUAGGUUUAUGCACUCUAGUCAGGAGUCUGCCUGCAUGCACAGACACUUCGAAAGCUGCUAUAAUUUCAUCAGUGUCACUUCUGAUUUAUACAGGAAUCAAAUUUAAGCCUGACUUGUACGCAUUCUCCCAUCCUUUCUGGACAUCUUGUAACUUGGGAUAGUACAAGUGUUUGAAAUUUCAGCUUUCUGGAUUGCUAACUUCCUGAGCCAGUGCAGGAAGCUUCGGCUCCUCCCAAAGUCACUUUGAUGCUGGGUCUCGGGCACUGAUUGAGACAACUCUAAUUUGUUCCAGCUGUGGGCACAUGGCAGCUCUGUUCCACUCAGCAGGGAAUGCCAACUGCUUCUUGUUGUUGUUGCAGAGACAUCCCAAGGGUGAUGGGAGUGGAAGGUCGCAUCAGCUGCCAAGAAUAUGGCAAAGCAGGAUGGCUUAACUUCAUGCCUUUGCAGUGCUAGAUUCUUGCCUCCCUGACUUAGCUGUGGAUUUUGUUUUGAGUAACAUUGCUGACCUUGUGAGUUUCCAGGGGAUGGAGAUGCAAAGUUCUUUGUUCAGAAUGUCCCUAUUUGCAUUGAUCUCGGUUAGCAGCCAUUGCUGCAGGAUCAAAUGACAGCCAUGUAGAUGAGAGCUUUGCGUUCGCACAGGAUGCAAGUCCUGGGGGUGUUGCAGAGCUAGAGCUCAAAAACUUCCUACAGUAGUGGGAGCUUUCUGAAAUUCCAGCAAUGCAGUUUGCCUGGCAAUUAAGGCAGUCCUUAGCUUGGUUUCCCAAAUGCUUUCUAACUGAUAAGUGUUGAUCUCCCUAGACUCUCUCUGUCUCUCUCCACCUCAUGCACUGACUUUUUUCUUAGAUCUGCUAAUUAAACUGCAGUGAUGUAAAGAAAUAGUUAUAUGAAGAACUGGUAUGUAUUUUAGGGGAGAUUAUUACUAUCUGACAGCUGUGAAGCACUUCUUUUGAAUGCAAGGCUCUCUUUUGAUUUGCUAAG